AUGGGACUAACCUUGUCAAACUGUAGCCCCUGUACAAAAGAGCACAGUUUGAAUAUCACUAACGGCGUGCAAUAUGAAAAUGGCUCUAUAAUUUUUGACGAUAUUGAGUACAUCAGUAGUUCUUGGUUUCAAGAAGAGGUGGAUGGAGUACUUACAACGUUUGGGUGCCCUUGUAUAGGACGUGUUUGCUUGUGGAAAUGUUGUGACUUAGGCAUGAUGUACCUAAAUAGGACAUGCACAGAAGUAGACAACAGUGAAGUUAACCCGUUUAGACCUCCAGUAUACAAAGGCCGGGAAAUGUCUACUCUCACAGCGAAUCAGCAUUUCUUUUAUAUGUAUAGAUUAUCAUGUGAAAAAUAUUUGGUUGAUUCUAACACACCAGGUGAAGAUAUAUACAUACAAGAAAACGGAACCUUAUUUGAAGUAGCCAUGAAUAACCUUCAGUGGCAUGCACCAGCAAAAUAUUGCGUAGAUAUGAUGUUUGACCAUAGCGCACCGACUUCGAGACUGGUUGCUGGAGUUUGUUACCCUGACGACUCCACCUCACGGGACAGUCCAGGUCUCUACAUCGCUUAUGGUGUUGGUCUCAUGCUAUCGGUUCCUUUUUUAUUGGCGACUUUCCUAGUGUAUGCAUUUAUUCCUGAACUGAGGAAUCUUCAUGGCAUGUGUCUGAUGGCGUAUUGUGCGGGUCUGAUCGUUGCGUAUCCCUUCCUCGCCUACCUAAAAUUUCAUACUGGCAAAGUUGGCAUUGCAAUGACGGGGUGCUACGUAGUUGCAUUCAUCAUAUACUACGCAUUCCAGACAAGCUUCUUCUGGCUCAAUAUAAUGUGCUUCGAUAUCUGGAGGACUUUCAGAGGAUAUAGAGGUAGCUCCAAUAAGCGUCGUGAGAGUCGUCGUUUUGCGAUAUACGGCGUAUACGCAUGGGGCGUCCCGGCUAUACUCACUGCGUGUACCGUGGGAAUGCAGUUUGGAGACGUUCGUGGAAAUGUUAUUACACCCGGUUUUGGAAGUGUACGGUGCUGGUUUGACAAUUGGCUCAGCGAACUCGUUUACUUCUUCAUCCCAGUUUUUGUACUGGUAGUAUGCAACUCGGUAUUCUUUACUAUAACGGCGUAUCGUAUCCGGUCCAUCAGACAGGAAACCGCCAUAUUAAAAGGCGCUGAAUCUUCGCGGAGUGAUAAACUGCAAAAGGAUAAGCAAAGAUACGGACUUUACUUGAAGCUGUUCGUUGUAAUGGGAGUAAACUGGUCGAUAGAAGUUAUCAGUUUCGCGGUGGGCGGCUCUAACUGGUACUGGAUUGUAGUAGACCUCUCCAACAUUGCGCUGGGAAUUUACAUCUUCUUCAUUUUUGUGUGGAAAAAUAAAGUCCGCAAUUUAAUAAGAAAAAGAUGGCGUGGUCUGCGCGGGCUGCCGACACAAGAGACCUUUGCGGGACGAUCGAGCUCCGCGCCUACUGAGGACACGCGCGUGUCGGCUGAUGAAUCAGCAAUGCGCUUGAAAGAUAUUCAU